AUUCGAGUUAUGCUUACUAAUGAAUCAGCCAGGAGGUUCGGGUUAUGUGAUAUACGCCAAUGUAGUAGCUUGUUGUUUCGUUUGGCUUGACCUGGAACGACCAAAAUAUCACAAUUUAACUGGUCAAUCAUCAAAAAACAUUAC